UUUUGACAUUUAAACCCAUAUGUAAUUUGAUGUCUAUUUCGAUGGUUAUCUUAUGAAAUAAUUUUAAAGACAGUAUACUAAUCCCAAGUCUUUACUCAACCAAUCGAAGCUAUCGACUGCUGCGGACAUCAUUCCGAUCGACAACAAUGUAACAAAUACUGGAUCUCGUCGUUCAUUGUCAUCAACAACAACGAUGUCUAUCAUGAAGUCAGUAAUCUUAAUGACGAGCCGCACGGUCGGCAAAUUGGUUCACUUAACGGCCAACUUGUGUCAUUGCUGUCACCGAUGGACCAGUUCGUCGACAACGGCCACAGUUUUCCUAGUUUUUGUUAUAUUUGUUUAUCUGACUUUUGAAAUACGAUUCAGACAUCUAAGUGAUCAAAACAGACGAUUGACAUCAUAUGACGAUAAAGACACUGUCGUUAUCUACAAUAGAGUCCCGAAGACCGGUAGUACCAGUUUUACGGGUCUGGCCUACGAUUUGUGCGAUAAAAAUGGUUUCAAUGUUUUGCAUUUGAAUACAUCGAAGAACAGUCAUAUGAUGUCACUCACAGAUCAGCUAAGAUUUGCCCGUAAUGUUAGCCAAUGGCGCGAAAGACAUCCGGCACUGAUUCACGGCCACAUUGCGUACAUUGAUUUCGGCCGAUUGGGUGUCAAUCAAGUGAAGCCAAUUUACAUUAAUCUGAUCCGCAAACCGCUUGACCGGCUGGUGUCGUAUUAUUAUUUCUUGCGAAACGGUGACAAUUUUCGGCCUUAUGUUGUCCGCCGCCGACAAGGAGACAAACGUACGUUCGACGAGUGUGUCCAACACGGCGAACACGAUUGUAAUCCGGAAAAUAUGUGGCUUCAGAUACCGUUUUUUUGCGGCCAUAUCUUCGAAUGUUGGAUUCCCGGUAACGAGUGGGCACUGGCCGAAGCCAAACGUAAUCUAGUGGACAAGUAUCUGAUUGUCGGCCAAACAGAACAGAUGCACGAUUUUGUGGCCGUAUUGGAGGUCGCAUUACCGAAGUUUUUCGCCGGUGCCCGCCGUCUGUACGAAAGCGGACCAAAGUCUCAUCUAAGGAAAACCUAUAACAAAUUGGAGCCGUCGGCCGAAACAGUGGCCAAAAUUCGCGAGUCUCGGGUCUGGCAAAUGGAAAACGAUUUCUACGAGUUUGCUGUAAAACAGUUCAAAUUUAUUCGCCAACGAACACUGAUUACCAUCGAUGACCAAUUGGUUGGCAAAGAGCAACAGUUUUUCUUUGAAAAAAUUCGACCGAAGAGGUAGUCUAUUAGUGAACCGAUAGACCGACUCCUAUAUCGUAACAAAUAUUUGUUGCGCUAUA